UGUUUAUAUAAAAAUCCGAAGCCGCCGUAGUCCAAACUUUAAGUAGGUUCCGUAACGUAAUUGAAUCAGGUCCACUUUCCUGCUUAUUUUGUUUUAUCUCGAGUACUCCUGGCUUGAUUGCGUGGGUUCAAUUUAUCUGUGAAAUCGACCCAUGUUGCGGUGAAAAAUACGUUUUGUUCAGGGUCGGACCAAUUGUUCAGUGCUUUUUGGGGUUUUUUAAAUACAUGGAGAACAUAACGAACGAAAAACAUUGUCACCAUGGUAUUUCAAAUCGAAGGCCGCCCUUUAAAGCAGCCGAAAACUCCUGAUAAAUCGGUUCGAUGACUUGAUGGAUCUCUAUUCGCCACGGUUUUCAUCUAUAAUUGAAACAAAGGACAAGAUUUGAAGCAUGCAUCAUUCUUAGUCAAACGAACGCCCGCCAAAAGCGAAAGGCAUAGGAGAGGGAUGUGGCUGUUCGCUUUCCUGGUGGGCUCGGUGGCAGGAAACUACCCGGUGUUCGACGCGACGACCCAGAUGAAGAACCUCCUCGUCCCGGCCGAUCUACCCGUCGGCUCCAUCAUCUACCGACUCCGCGCGACCGACGCCGAUCGGGACCACCCCCUCACCUUCGACGCAACAGAUUACGGAAGUUACGUGAUUCGGAUUGAAAACCUACCUUGCGAUCGGAACGUGACGCACUGCGACGCGAACGUCUAUCUGGAGAGAGUGUUAGUGCCCGGACAGGUUUUCAAAUUUCGGCUCACGGUGAAAGAUACGAAAGGACUCACGACGACCCUUCCCGUCUCCAUCCACGCCACCAACGGCCGCACUGACGUCACCGCCAUCUUCCCUCACAUCCCGGGCCUUAUCGUUGUCCCUGAGAACACAAAAGUUGGGACUGAACUAGAGUACGUGGUUGUUCGAAAAAACUUGGAAUCGAAGAAACCUGCUAUGUUGGAGCUAUGGGGCACAACAGAGUUCUCCUUUCGGCAGUCUCAACCAUCAAAAGACACGACAACAGGCAUUAUUCUCCUGUCACAACCUCUAGACUUUGAAAGACGAACAAUGUACAAGCUUUGGGUAUUUGCAACGGAUAUGGCGGUGGAGGUGGGACGAGACUCACGAAAUAUUGCUGGUUUCGAGCUGGUGAUCGUCGUUCAAGAUGUACAAGAUACUCCUCCGAUUUUCCAACAACAUCAAAAUCCCGUGACGAAGUUGAGGAGCUCUUUGAAGGAGGGCGAUUUUGUAACCCGAGUCACUGCUAUUGAUGGAGACAGAGGCACACCAAGACCUAUCAAAUACGGUUUAGUUUCCGAGGGUAGUCCGUUCACCGUAUUUUUUAACAUCGAUAGAAAAACAGGAGAUAUUUUUCUAGCAAGGCCGUUGAAGGAACUGAGUGUAAUUGCCCGCUCACACCAACCGAUUUUAUUGAACAUUAUCGCCGAGGAGGAAGCUACAAAUCCCAAAGAACCACCUCCACUUUCCUCUAUCAUGACCAUAGCGUUACUCCUGGGAGAAGCUGGAAACACUCCUCCUUAUUUCGAUAAUCCUAGUUACGUUUGUCGUCUCGAUGAAAAUAGUUUGCAAGGGACAGCUCUCGUUUUCAGCGAAGCGUAUUCAACACAAGUUCAUGAUGAUGAUAUGGGCAAGCAGGGGGUGUUUUCUUUAUCUUUGGAGGGCCAGAACGGAACAUUCGAGAUAACGCCAGGCGUGGCGGAGCGACACGCGAACUUUAUGAUUCGAGUCCGCAACAGCGCCCUCUUGGACUACGAACAACGCCGCUCCAUCCAAUUUAUGAUAGUGGCCAAAGAGCUCGGCUCUGAAACGAAGCCGUUCUCGAGUAAUGCAUCAGUACUCGUAUACUUGAACGAUGUCAACGACAACCCACCGCAGUUCCUCAGCUCGCGCUACGAAGCUCAAAUUCCAGAGAACAUAACUGCCAACACUAAAGUUCUUCAAGUUAACGCCACGGAUAAAGAUGAGGGGGCUUUCGGAAGUGUUCGUUACACAGGGAUUCUGGGCUACAAAAACACGUCUCUCAUUCUCGAUCGUCUGACCGGAGAAGUCAAAAUAUCGUCCGACAAUCACGGGUUCGACAGAGAGGAGGCGCCAGAGUUUCAUUUUUUCAUCGAAGCGCGUGACAUGGAGGGAGUUGGUCUACGAACGACAGUGCCUUUCAUCCUUCGAGUAAUUGAUAUCAACGAUGAAACGCCUACUUUCGAAAAGAAUCCCACUCAGUUUAUACUAACACCAGAUCUGCAAAAUUUUUCUGAGAGAGCUUUUGUUAAGGCAAUCGACAAGGACGCAGAAUCACCUAACAACGUCGUGAAGUAUGAGAUAAUCAGUGGAAAUUACGAAAAUAAGUUUGCGUUGGAUCCGGACACAGGUGAACUGACCGUCCGUAAUCCGUCAAACGAUUUAUCCAGACUCAGAAGACGACUAAAACGACAAGCGAACCCUGUAAAACCGACUGUCCAGGUUCUCACCGUGCGAGCUUAUGAUUUAGGCGUGCCUCACAGGUCAUCGACAUCUCAGAUCAGAGUUUACCCGGCGGACUCUGGGGCUAGAACUAUGUCGUUCAUCUUGCCCGGGAUUAGCCUUGAUUGGCGAGCCACGGAAGAGUUCCUCGCUGAACUGACAGGGGCUCGAGUCUCCAUACAUAACAUGCAGCCCUACUACAACCCCCCUGGAAAUCGCGUCAACAGUUUGCCCCAGAACGUUCCUCCGCCUAACGCAGACAAAUCUGUUGUGCGUGCGACGGUUUCUUACUACCCCAAUGCUGUUGUUGAUGUCAGUCACUUGCAAGAUCGUUUUGCAGUCAAUAAAACGGCUGUUGUGGUUAAUCAAACUGUGCAAGAGUAUAGAGCGGAAAAUCAGCUUCUUUUCUGGUUACUCAUUCUGCUGGCACUAUUGAUCUUACUAGCACUACUCUCGUUUCUUCUCUGUGGACUUUGUCCUUGCUGUCCACUCUACGCAUUUUUCACCAGACAGAGGAAAGUACAGUCGGCAGACUCUGUAGAAAAAAGAAGAUUUUUCCAAGAAUCCAAAGGAAUUCAAGCAGCGGAGAGCGAGGAGGGGAAAGAGCCGCCCGUCUGGUACUACAGCCGAGGGCGGGGGCGGCGGAAAGAGCCGGACCCGGCGUACAUCCUGGUGACGACGACCGGGCAAGCGGCCGGGACGAGACCCGGCUCGGCGGGCCGGACGAGGCGGAUGCCGAUGUUGGUCGACCACGGGCACGGGGGCGGGAACGUGAUCUACGCGCGGGAGCCCCACCAGCGCGGCGAGCAGAUCUACCUGGAGGACCUGGACGAGCCCGAGUUCCACGUGCUGGACCCGGCGCGGCUCCCGAACCACCACAACCACCACAACCACCACUCCAGGCUCGAGCUGGAGCAGGACUCCUUCAGGCGCCACGAGGUCGAGCGCGGCUCCGACGUCGCCCAGUUCGACAGGGACUCCCUCGAGAUCGAAAGGGCCGACGCGCGGCCGCACAACGCCAACGUGAGGAAUGGGAGCGUGAGGCAAGGCGGCGGCGGGGAGCGGGAUCAGGAGCGGGGCGGCUACGAGGAGAGCACCUCGGAGCCGCUCUCCCGGCUGGAGAAGGCGAGCCACGAGGAGAUGUUCAUCAAGGAGGGCAACGCGGAGAUCCUGCGGCUGAGAACGCGGGAGCACGGCGAGCAGCAGCAGCGCGCCCAGAGCCUGGAGGCCGCCCCGAGCCACCUGAGCAAGGAGGCCGAUAGCCUCACCACCGGCGAGGAGCUCGGCAAGAAGAUGAUCAUGCAGAGGUUCAUCGACGGCGAGGGCAACGAGGAGCAGGUCUCCAGCAUCAACGAGAACCUCCUCUCCAAUAAUCUCCUCCUCACGAGGUACUUCAUCGAGGAGCAGCAGCGGAGCCACCGCAAUCGCCAGGCUAUCGAUACUCAGAGUCUUCCAGGAAACACACUGCUGUCGAUGGGGACCCAGACUGACUGCAACCAGGCGACGCAGACGGACGCGUCGUGGGUUCGGCCGCCGAGGCGGAAGGCGAAGAGCGACUGCGGGGACAGCAGCGACAGCGACGAGGGUCACCGGGGGAUCGGCGGGGUCGGCGGCGGGGGCGUGAGACGCAAAGCCCGGCUCAUCAGCAUCCUCAUCAACUCCGGCGGGAACGGCAAGGGCCAGGCCAACCACAACCACAACCGCCCCAUCAAGUCGCCCAUCAUCGAGGAGAGCGAGAGCUCCCCGGAGAGCUGCGCCAACAAACACGCCAGAAAGCACAAAGCUCUCCACUCCAGCUCCUCCAGGAGCCUUACCGACUUGAUCAACAGCCAAAGAUUUCGCGAAGACACCCUUCUUCGCGGCAGCGAGCGUGACCUGAGAAGUAGGGUCGCCAAAGCCAGGGCGAAAGAGCUCGAGGAAUCCGGCCUGAAGAAGGCUCAAUCCUGUGCCGAGAUCCACCCCGAAGUAUUGGAGAAGCAGCUGCGUACCCAGGACUAUAUCCCGAAGUCCUUGAAAGCCAGGUUUCUCUCCAGGAACAGGAAUUGCCUGGAGACAACCGGAGCGGACGGAAAGUUGAGGCUGAAGGAAAAGGCUCAAAAAGAGGGCGCCGAUUGGCAAGCGACCGGGAAACGAAAAGACGAGCAGAAGGCAAAAGUUGGCGCCACACCCGUGAGGUCGAGAUCGCAGUUGCUCAAGAGUACGCCCGGGAAAAAUGGCCCGAAAAUCAUGGGCAACGGUGUCCUUGUAAAGGGAUCCGAGGACGAGAUAGAUUCAGGGAUCGUCAUGGCAAACCACUCGAAGGGCCCGCAGAACAUCGUCCACAAACACCAGGAGUUGCUGGAGAAGAAGAGUGUCUUCACUAUCGCCUACGGGGACGUCGAGACGCAGCAAAUACAGCCGGACAGCAGUAGUUCUCCACCUUAAAAUCCAGGAGAUUUCUUCUAAAGAUUAUCUUAUUCACAUAAAACCAUAGAGUACAUCUAGUCGUA